AUGGGGACAGUCGACUCCCAAGGGCUUGAGGCCCGUGAAAUAGUUCAUGGAGAGGGCGUGCGUAAGACGAGCCUCCUCGCCAAUUGGCGAAUCCUCGCUGUCACUUUCUAUAUCGGCAUGUCCCUGUUUGAAUAUGGCUACGACAAAGGGGCCAUUGCUGGUUUCCAGGCCAUGCCUGGCUUUCUUAUGGUGUUUGGAUAUCAGGAUCCGGACGGGAACUGGGCGAUCGAGGCCGGCCCGCAGCAAAUCAUCACCUCCUUUAUGACCUUGGGCAGCUUUAUCGGCGCCCUCGCGACCGGCUCGAUUGGGGCCCAUCUGUGCCGUCGGUACUGCCUCAUGCUCGCCUCGGUCUUCUUGAUUGUGGCCGUGGUGAUCAUGGUCGAGACCACCUCCUUCGGGGCGCUCUACUUUGCUCGGCUUCUCUGCGGUCUGGCGAACGGGGUGCUGAUGAAUUUCGCCUUUGUCUACCUCCAGGAGUGUGCUCCCCCACAUCUGCGGGGGCUCUGUUUUGGCAUGGCUGCCUUCUGGAUCACGUUUGGCACCACGAUCGGCAUGGUGGUCAACAAUGAAACGGCCGAGAUCAUGAAUCGACAGGCAUAUCAGAUCCCGCUCUAUGUCUGUUUCCCCGUCCCAGCGCUGCUGCUCCUGAGUCUGCCCUUCCUUCCGGAAUCCCCCCGGUGGCUGCUUCAUCACCACCGUCCCGAGGAGGCACUUCAGAGCUUACGGUUCUUCCGCCACGGGGCCUAUGACGAGGUGGCCGUACUACAAGAGUUUGAGGAGAUGAAAAGUGUUGCCGCCCGAGAGGCCGAAAGCACGAAAGACUGGCGGUUGAUCCUUGAAUUAUUCCAGGGGACCAACCUGCGCAGGACCAUCAUAUGCAUCGGGGUCACGUCGGCCAACGCCGGCGUGGGCGCGAUGUUCAUUCUCAGCUUCGGCACUUACUUCUUCUCUAUUGCCAAGGUCGGCGAACCCUUCAUGUGGACCAUAAUCACGAACUGCCUGGGUCUGGCGGGCCUCAUCCUGUCAUGGUUUCUGGUGCAACGGGUCGGACACCGACGCCUCAUCCUGGCGGGCUGCAGCAUCUGCAGCGUCUCCAUGGUCAUCAUUGCCAUUGUGUACACCGUACCCAACCUCCCCGCCCAUCAGGCUGGCAUUGGCAUGGUUGUGGCCUGCAGUCUCUACCUGUUCGGCUUCAACCUGGGGAUGGAGUCGUACACAUUCCUGACCUCCGGCGAGCUUCCGGCCCAAAAGCUCCGUGCCUACACCCAGGGACUGUCGGUGGGCGUCAGCUUUAUCCUCGCCUGGUUGUGCACCUUCACCACCCCCUACUUCAUCAACCCGACGGAACUCAACUGGGGACCCAAGUAUGCUUGGAUUUGGUUUGUGAGCGCCCUGAUCGCCACGGUCUUUAUCUACCUGAUGCUUCCCGAUGUCAAUGGACGCAGUCUGGAGGAGAUCGACGAGAUGUUCCGGAAUCGCGUCCCCACGCGGGGCUUCAAAACGUAUGUCUGUCUGGAGAUUGAGCAGGCUCGAUCUCGAGGAACGAAACAAGCCGUUGGUGAGGACAUGGAGCUGGAUCGAAAGGAUAGGCCGGUCGGACAGCAUAUUGAGAAUGCCUAA